AGGUGUAUGACGUCAUCAGCGACUAGUCGAAGUCGACUCGAUUUUCAUUACUUGACUGUCGACUUUAAAAAAAAUCAAGUCAUGCAACCCCUAGAAGAAACGUUCUUUUUCUGAUUCCUAACAAGCAGACCCUUUGUUGCAGUUGGCAAAAAUAUCAUUUUAUGGAAAUGACAUCACAUAUCUGUCGUUUCUGAUGCAGCUUAUGGUGCAGCAGAGGAAAACCAGCUGACUUCAAGACACGUCAAUCCCUUAGUCUAACAUCAAACGUCCGCACAAAAAAUGUUUUAUUAUGUACAUUGUUUUUAGGUCAGCCCUGAAUGAAAACUGAUGAAAACGUCAUGAAAAAUGUAUUUUCCAGUUAGAAGUCUGCAAAAAGCUACUUUAAUUAGCCAGCCUACAUUAGAAAUGUUAGAAACUUCUCCCAGUAAAAUAAAACAAUCCUAUUUAGUGUUCAGUGUGCUAUUUUAAAACUCUCUCUUCUAAUCCAACACGAACAAGUGAUAACUAAUAUACACUUUCAUCCUGUUUCAGUUAAAUUAUAUAAACCAGGUGAAGCUAAUGGCAGAGACUCAGUUCUUGUGUAAAACACUGAUCACUUAACCUUCUUAUUAUGUUACGGGUCAAUUUGACCCGUUCCAGUUUUUGUGUUGACCAUAGCGCUGAUCAUCUUCUAUUUUUCUUAAUGAAACUUUAUGACUUUUUCUUAUCUGGGGUCAUGAACUGGUAUGAGAAACAUGGACACUUUGAUGUGUCCUGGGAAGUCUUAGCAGUUUUUGUAUACAAAAAUGAUGUUGCGGGUCAUUUUGACCCACACACUUUAAUGUGAGUAAAAAGCUGUUCAGAACAAAAAUAAACAUGACUCUUUGAUGUGCUAUGUUGUGAUUGCUUCUGAAUAUACAUUCACACCCAGAGGCCCAGGUGUGUGCGCGAGAAACUUUUUCUGCCCUGUUCUUGUAACUGAUGUCAUGUGAUUUCAACACACCAAAAAUGAGCUCUAGAAGGUUGACAGCUGAAGAAGCUUUAUCUCAGCUUUUUAACUGGGAUAGCAAUGACGAAGAAGAUGUUUCAGAGACAGAGGAUUUUUCAGAGGCUGAGGACAAUGUUACUGAUGAUCCAGACUACCAAUUUUCUGAUGAGGAUUCUAAAGAGGAGUCUUCUGUCAUCGCUUCAUCAAGUGAAAACCAAGGAAUGCAGCAAUCAUCAUCUACAGAGGGGGCAUGGACAUCUAAAGAUGGUAAAAUAAAAUGGUCAACAUCACCACACCGAAGUCGAGGCAGACUGUCAUCUGCUAAUGUCAUCAAAAUGACACUUGGUCCUACAAGAUUUGCAGUCACACGAGUUGAUAAUAUCCAUUCAGCAUUUCAUCUCUUCAUACCCUCUCCAAUAGAAAAGAUUAUACUGGACAUGACUAACUUGGAGGGGAGGCGUGUAUUUCAACAGAAAUGGAAGCCCAUGGAUCUGACUGACUUGCAUGCUUAUAUUGGAAUCCUGGUAUUAGCUGGAGUAUACAGGUCAAAGGGAGAAGCAAAUGCAAGUCUAUGGAAUGAAGAGAAUGGAAGGCCGAUCUUUCGUGCAACAAUGUCUCUUGAGACAUUUCACAAGAUAUCUCGUGUGAUCCGAUUUGACAACCGUGAAACCAGAGCCAGUCGCUGUGAAAGAGACAAACUUGCUGCAAUCAGAGAUGUAUGGGAUAAAUGGGUGGAGAUUCUACCUUUGUUGUACAACCCUGGUCCCCAUGUGACUGUAGAUGAGCGCCUUGUUCCAUUCAGGGGCCGCUGUCCUUUCCGACAGUAUAUGCCCAACAAGCCGGCCAAGUAUGGCAUCAAAAUAUGGGCAGCUUGUGAUGCUAAAUCUAGCUAUGCAUGGAAUAUGCAGGUGUACACCGGAAAGCUACCUGGAGAGGCAUCUGAGAAGAAUCAGGGGAUGCGUGUGGUGCUGCAGAUGAGUGAAGGGCUGCAAGGGCAUAACAUCACCUGUGACAACUUCUUUACAUCCUACUGGCUUGGAGAUGAACUUCAGAAAAGAAAGCUCACUAUGUUGGGAACAAUCAGGAAAAAUAAACCAGAACUUCCCAGUGAAAUUCUGAAGAUGCAGGGAAGACCUCCACAUUCCUCAAAAUUUGUUUUCACCGAGAAAGCAACAGUUGUUUCAUACUGCCCAAAGAAAAACAAAAAUGUUCUUGUCAUGAGCACAAUGCACACAGAUGCAUCUCUGAGCACAAGAGAAGACAAAAAACCACAAAUGAUCCUGGACUACAACUCCACCAAAGGAGGCGUAGACAAUCUUGACAAAGUCACAGCAACAUACAGCUGCCAGCGCAAAACAGCUCGUUGGCCCUUGGUGAUUUUCUACAACAUUGUGGAUGUGUCAGCUUACAGUGCCUUUGUCCUGUGGACUGAAAUCAACCAACAUUGGAAUGUCGGCAAACUGUACCGACGUCGGCUUUUCCUGGAAGAACUGGGAAAAAGUCUUGUCACCCCCGAGAUCCAGAGGCGAGCCAGACCAGCUCGAUCCCCAGCAGCAGCAGCUCUCAUUGAAAACGUCAGGUCUGCAUCAUCUGACCAAUGUACAAUGAAUCCAGUGGAUACAGGUGCAAAGAAACGAAAAAGAUGCCAGGUCUGUCCCUCACGAUAAGACAUUAAAACAAGCACCGUUUGUGAGAAGUGCAAGAAGUGCAUUUGCAGAAAGCACACAGUUACACUCUGUCCAUCAUGUGGACAACACUGAAAAUGUUGAACAUUGAAAAUCUGAGAAAAAUAAAAGUGUUUGUAAAGAAGGAAAACUUUUACUAACUAGUUCUUACAAAUAGUUCUGGAUAUUCAAACUUUAUUGUGUGUCUGUGUUUUAAAUGUUUUUUCUAAUGGAAAAUAAAGUUCCUGUUUUAUUGCAGUUUUUUUUACAGUUCUAAGUGAAUUUAGACAGGGUGGGUCAAAAUGACCCGCAACAUAACCAAUGUGAUUUUUUUUCAACAUAAUACAAGAGUAGCACUUUCAUUUAGGGUCAUUUAAUAUUUCACAGAUAUUCUAAAACUAACCAAAGACGAGUUGUCUGAAUUAAUUUUAUGUUCACCUUAUUGUGAUGUCAUGCAAUAACAUUUGAACAGUCAGACUUCUAAUACACACUUACUGGUCACUUUAUUGGGUACACCUAGAGUUGGACCACCUUUUGCCUUCAGAGCUGCCGUAAUCCUUCGUAGCAUAGAUUUAACAAGGCGCUGGAAACUUUCCUCAGAGAUUUUGGUCCAUAUUGACAUGAUAGCAUCACACAGUUGCUGCAGAUUUGUCAGAUGAACAUCCAUGAUGCAAAUCUCCCGUUCCACCACGUUCCAAAGGUGCUCUGUUGGAUUGAGAUCUGGUGACUGUGGAGACCAUCUGAGUACAGUGAACUCAUUGUCAUGUUCAAGAAACCAGUCUGAGAUGAUUCCAGCUUUAUGACAUGGUGCAUUAUCCUGCUGGAAGUAGCCAUCAGAAGAUGGUACACUGUGGUCAUGAAGGGAUGGACAUGGUCAGCAACAAUGCUCGGGUGGGCUGUGGUGUUGCAACGAUGAUCAUUUAGUACUGAGAGGUCCAAGGUGUGCCAAGAAAAUGUCCCCCACACCAUUACACUACCACCACCACCAGCAGCCUGAACCAUUGAUACAAGGCAGGAUGGAUCCAUGCAUUCGUGUUGUUGACGCCAAAUUCUGACCCUAUCAUCUGAAUGUCACAGCAGAAAUCAAGACUCAUCAGACCAGGCAACAUUUUUCCAAUCUUUUAUUGUCUAACUUUGGUGAGCCUGUGUGAAUUGUAGCCUCAGGUUCCUGUUCUUAGCUGGCAGGAGUGGCACCCAGUGUGGUCUUCUGCUGCUGUAGCUCAUCUGCCUCAAGGUUCGAUGUGUUGUGUGUUCAGAGACGCUCUUCUGCACAUCUUGGUUGUAACGAGUGGUUAUUUGAGUUAUUGUUGUCUUUCUAUCAGCUCGAACCAGUCUGGCCAUCCUCUUCUGACCUCUGGCAUCAACAAGAGCUUUUCACCCACAGAACUGCUGCUCACUGGGUGUUUUCCAUUUUUCGGCCCAAUCUCUGUAAACCCUACAAAUGGUUGUGCACAACAACCCCAGAAGAUCAGCAGUUUCUGAAGUACUCAGACCCCGUCUGGUACCAACAGUCAAAGUAACUUAAAUCACAUUUCUUCCACAUUCUGAAGCUCUAUUUGAUCUGCCACAGAUCGUCUUGAUCAUGUCAACAUGCCUCCAUGUGAUCGGCUGAUUAAUCAUGUGUGUUAACGAGCAGUUGAACACAUGUACCCAACAAAGUGGCCAGUGAGUGUAGUUUAAACAUCAUAAUGUACACAUUUUUAUCAUUUCUUUCACCAAAUGUGUCCUAAACUAUAGUACACACAAGAUCCCACUGACUUCCACUUUAUCUGAGUUCUGGCUUUUUUCUUACAAACUGGAAGUUUUAUUUUCUCCUACAUGAAACGCCAAAUGUACGCUGCAAAAACAGAUUUCAGAGAAAGUAAAAAAAAUCUUAAUUCUUAGUCCAAAAAAAAUCUCAUUUUCUAGACAAAUUCUGUCACAUUGCUUAAAAAUCAAGUAAAAAUUCCUAAAUAUCCUAAUUUUCUUGCUUUUGAGGGGAAAAAAAAGAGUCAGCCAAAGAUUGCUUGGUUAAAACUAGCAAAAUAAUCUCAAUUUAGAUUUAUUUGCUAGUUUAAAUAACAUUCAAGAUUAUUUACGUUGUUUUAAGUAAUUCUAUUUUUCUAGAGAAGUUUUUUUAGACUAAAAAUAAGAUUAAAUGUCCAAAAAUUUGAUUCUUUACUUUGUUGGAAAUCUUUUUUGUUUCCAGUAUACAAGUACAUUUGAGGCCUUUUGCCUUUUUAGAGUGCGUUUCGAUUUUGCACAGUCACUGUUUAUGAGACCAAAUGACUUCUCUGCAUUUCUCAUGGAGAUUUCAGGUCUACACGUGCACGGUUACCAUGGUGAUCCUAAUGAACCUCUGGCAGCUCAGUUUUUUGGCUGAUUCUCAAUACACUUAAUCAGUUUAUACCUGAAAAUAGACUUUUUUUUUCAUAGAGAUGGUUUCCACAAAAUAUCAACUCUGUCAGGAAUUAUAGAAAAAAAUCUAUUUAUGUUUGAAUGGAGCUGUUUUGGCUCACUUCCAAAUUUCUGCCGUAAAUUUCAAGUUUAUGAAUUGCAAUCAGGACUUGUCAGUUUUUAUCUGUGCAGUAAGUAUGAGUAGGUCUGAACAAACUAUACCCCAAAAAUGACUGUAAAGUAGUUUCCGCUGCCCCCUUGUGAGCGGUCCAACAUGCAAAGACGCUCACCUUCUUGUUUCAGUUGCAAUUUGGGCAUUUUUUUAAUAUAAUAAAAUGGUUAGCGUUUUUGCCUCAAUGCUCCAACCUCACAAACAUGGGAAGGCCUCUCACUAACUAGAGCACAAAACAGAGCCGCAACACACACACACACACACACACUGGCACGCGUUCACCAACUGGAGCAACACUCGACAAGACACCACGUACAAACACAUCGCAUUCACCAGGAUCGGGCUUGAGAGGCUCGGAUGUGUAUUUUUUUUUCUUUUUUCAUUUGCUUGGCUCAGCCUGCAAGAGAAGGGAUUUGUGUUGUUUCACUCCAGCUGAUAUUCCCUCCAGAAGAAGCAGGCAGAACACUCAUUUUCACAUUUUCAGUGUGGAUGGGAGUGACAAACCUCUUGACACUGCCUGCAAAGAGCCUGAUUUAUUUUUUCCCCUCUUGUUUUAAAUUCUUAUACCCAUAUAUAACUGGGACAUAAGCAGGGAGGUGACACCUUUGCAGCCAGACUUCCAGAAUGUUCUUGUAUGAAUAAGAAAGUGUGUUAGAAAUGGCAGAUUAGGACUCUAAUGAGGGAUGGUGCUGGAAAAUGUGACCCUCCUUGCAUGAAAAGAAAAUCCUAAUUACCAUGCACACAAAUGCAUAUCUGAACCCGGCGUCUUUUCAUUCUAACCAUUAAAAUCCCAAGCUCAUUAAGACAGGCUCGCGUAUUGCUGUCCCAGGAGUUUAACUCCAAAAACCUACAGCUGCACGACAACAUGGAAGCUCUGCUCCUCCCCAUCACCUGACCCAGCCAAGAACAUUUUCUAUACUUGUUCUUUAUGCCAACAAGGCUCUUUAUCUUGCAUAAAAGCAACAACACCUUUAUUUUUAACUGCUGUAGAAUUGAGAUGCAACAUUAUUUUUCUUCUGAACUUGAUUAAAUAACCUUGCCGUUUCCAAACCUCGGUCUUGCCUCAUUCAAGAAGCGUACCUUUUCCGGCCGCAGCAGCUCCUGUCAGCUUGGUGAGAUUCACAGAGCAGCAGACAACAGGAGUGGGCGGCGUAACUGUUUGAUCCUAGAAGAUUAAAGGGGCGAUAGGAUUGAGCGGGUCUACCUUAAAGAAUCAUCUGAAGUAACCAAACACUUGCUCUAAUGGCUCGGCUCCUUCAGACCCUCUCAGCUCCGCUCAUGUUUGCUCCCUUUAAGACGGUUGAGUCUCAUUAUCUCAUUGUAGGGGCAGCUGUUGAACAGUGCGUGUCAGCAGCACGGUCAAUAUUCACCAUCUUUAGGAAUGAAUCAUCGCAGCAGCUCUCUGCCCAUGCUCUGCUGCAGCGCUGCUGGCUAUAAGGCUGAACCAGUGUCUCACUGUCAUGUACACUUUUUCAGAUGACUAAUUUGCUCUCUUCUCCUCCCUCCCCCUUCCCCUCCCUCACUCUAUUUCUCAUUUCGACCCUCUUCU